AAAUUUCAAUUUUAUUCGAAAUACAAAACCCAAAAAAAUUGUUUGUAGCUAACAUCAAAAUCUAACUCUCUUCGGUUUUAUCUAGCUUAAAAUGUGUUUUCUGGGCAUUCUGACGCGUUUUCUGAUACUCAUAAAUGGCACCUUGUGGCCGGCUUUUCGCACCUACAGAUCACUGAGCAAGGAUGGCGUGGAGGAGUAUCGCUCUUGGUCAAAGUAUUGGAUAGUUUACGCCUUGCUGAUCUGUCUGGAGUAUGUCAUGGAUUUCUUCUGUUCCUGGAUGCCACUGUAUAAUCCCAGUAAGUUCCUCCUGGUACUGGGUAUGGUUGUGGCUGCACCACAGGCGAGUGUUUGGGUCUAUGAUGCAAUUGUCGGUCCAUUGCUGUCCACGCGUCAGCAGCAGAUCGAUAAUUUCUUGCUAAAUGGCAGGGAACGUAUAAUAAAUGAUUGCCUGGGCAUUGGACUACAACUGAUUGCUCGCAGUCGGGAAGUAAUGGUGCCAGUUCUCUCGCUUCUAUGGUCCAAGACGAAAGCUACGCUCUCAUGGAAUGCUGAGAAUGGAAAGGUUGCUGCUGGCGUCGAACAAUCUGAACCUGAAGCUGCUCUGGCCCCUAUCCAUGGUGGUUCUCUGUACUCAUCUCUAUCCAAUUCCGAGUUAAGUUUCAGCGAUAGUGGAUCUAACAUUGAGUUUGACCAGGACGAAGUCGAGGUCAAUGCAUCCGUGGCCAAGACUCAAUUGCAGGAGCCCAUGUUGGUGAAGCCUAGACCUUCCCUGGUUGAUCUGGCCAAGAAGUCAAUGGACAUGAAUGCCUCAAAGCGUCGUUCGCAGCGCAAACAACUGCGCCUGGUCAGGAAGAGCCUUAUACAGGCAGUAGCUGAAAACCCCGAACUGGAGAUGAAAUUUAAUCCCGAUGAUGAAUUUGAGCAGCAGCUGAACGAUGCCACCAUGGAGGACACUCCAAUGGAAAACCGGGCCCAACUACGCAAACGUGUGAUCACCAAGAUCCGCCACAUGAACGCAUAA